CUUACCGUCUUUUGGAAGGAUCCCAGGAAAUUGAAAUAAAUCUUUACAAGAAGGCUGAGACUUACUGUUUGAGACUGCCUUGAUUUGUUAUUGGUUGAUGUUAAUAGGUUUCUCUCUUCUGUUAUUUGCUAUUCUUUGAGAGAUUUGUGACUGGGCCUUGGUUUUCUGUUUAUAUAUAUUACAACAGUUGUAUUUGUGGUGCUCCCUGCAGCUCCCUCACCCUGGCCCUGGCCUUCAGAGCUUAGUACUGGGCAAAACUCUGUGUCUCCAAAUGAACAGUUCUCUCCAUCUCAGGUAGAGGUGGAUAGAGCAAAGAGCAAAGUAGCUGCCCUUGGCACAAAAAUUGCAUUUCCAAUAAAUAUUUGCUUAGGAGUUGCAUACCCUUUGGGAUGUAACACUCCACUGUACUGACCAGCUGGGUCUUUGCUCUCUGGAGUGGGGAGGUGUGGACACAUGCAUACGAUGUCCAAGAAAACUAGCUUCAUCAGCACUCAGCUUUGUCCUUCUAGGUAAUAUGUAUUUGAAGCCAUGUAAUGUUUAACAGAGGAAAACAGGAGUAUGAGUAAAGCAGCAAGAAACAGCACAACCAGUAUGAGAGCAAGAUCCUUCUGAAUGUAAUUAGCUGCAAAGGAUGAUGAAGGCCACCCUCCCGCUGUGCUUGCUGGUGGCCAUGCUUCACCUCACUGUCCACAGCCUGACCCAGACUGACCACCACAAUGACAAGCCCGAGGCAACUGAUCCCCAGGAGCCGCAUCCCCACGAGGGAGAUCCUCUGGAGUCCUGCCGACACAUAGUCUCCAGCAACGCAGACUUUGCCUUCCGGUUUUACAGGCAAGCAACCACCCAGGAACCUGGCAAGAACAUUUUCUUCUCCCCAGUCAGUAUCUCUGCUGCCUUUGCCCUGCUGGCCCUGGGCUCCAGAGCCACCAGCCAGGCUCAGGUGCUGGAAGGGCUGGCCUUUAACCUCACCGACACCCGGGAGGAGGAGAUACACAACGGCUUUCGUCACCUCCUCCUCUUGCUGAACCGCCCCAGCAGCCAGGUGCAACUGAGCAUGGGGAAUGCCCUGUUCAUGGACAAACACCUGAAGCCACGGAAAACAUUUCUGAAGGACAUCAAAAAACUGUACAAAGGAAAAGUUGUUUCUAGUAACUUCCAGAAUUCCACUGAAGCUAAAAAAGAGAUCAAUGAUCAUAUAAAGAACAAAACCCAUGGGAAUAUAAACCAAAUACUUGAAGACCUCGAUUCAAACACUCUAAUGGUAAUGGUUAACUACAUUUAUUUCAAAGCCUACUGGGUAAAUCCUUUCAAUAUUAAGGGGACUCACAAGGAUUAUUUCCAUGUGAAUGUGAAGACCUCAGUUGAAGUGAAGAUGAUGACUCGAGAUGGAUUUUAUAAAGCAUACUCUGACAGGAAGCUGUCUUGCGAGGUGGUGCAGAUUCCUUACAAGGGAGAUGUUGCAGCAUUGUUUAUCCUGCCCAACGAAGGAAAAAUGAAACAGUUGGAAGCUGCCCUGACCAAAGACACUGUGGCUAAAUGGGAAAAAUCACUUGAAAGACGGAGGAUAGAACUGCGUAUUCCAAAACUAUCGAUUUCAGGCAACUAUGACUUAAAGAAGAUGUUCAUGAAUCUAGGUGUAACUGAUGUGUUUUCUGACCGGGCUGAUCUGUCUGGAAUCACAGGAAAGCCUGAGGUGAAGGUUUCAAAAGCUGCUCACAAGGCCCUGCUGAAGAUUCACGAGAACGGCACAGAGGCUGCAGCAGUCACUAGCACAGAUUUUCUCCCUCAUUCUGUUCCUCCUGUUAUUAAGUUCAGCCGUCCAUUUUUGUUGUUGAUUGUUGAUCAAUACACCCAAAGCAUCCUCUUCAUGGGAAAAAUUGUAAACCCAACUGAAAAAUGACUGGUCAGUGGAUGGUUUUAUUGAUUUGAAUUGCAUUCUUCAUGCAAUUGUAGUUCAAUGGGAUUAAAAAUUAUAUCAAAACAGUUACUAACAAUUUUCUUUUUCCAGAGAAAUGAGGCAAGAGUGUGGUCAUCCUUAAAAACACUGUUCUUGCUUCCUUCUCCAGUAGAAAGUAACCACUAAGAUACAACUAUUCAUGAAUUAUGAAGAAUUUUAUAAAUCAGCCUUUUAAUGACCAGUGUGUGCCAUCCCUGAAAGGCAAGUAUCCAGAUGAGAGAGUCAGUUUAAAGCAUUUUAAGUAAAUAAAGAUUGAACAGAUGCCACUCCUGACUUGUGGGUAAGAAGGAAAGAAAAUGCUGAGGUUUGCUCCAGCUGCUGCCAGCUCUCACCAGGUCCUGCUGCUGGAGGGCCGACGAAUGGAAAUUUAAAAUAUAAAUGCAGUUCACUCAGGGGUAUCUUAGUUCUUCUCUUCCCCAUGACUGUCACUGAAGGAGAAAGGUGUGUUGUAUUUCCAUGAGAAAAUGAUUGCUCGCCUCUCUGAGGCUGUCUGUGCCAAUUUGACAUCUCUCUCCUAACACAGCCUUAUAGGUCUAAGGCAGUGUCAAAAUCCAGAGCCAAGGCUUGGCGCUUGUGAGGAUCUGGAGCACCAAGAAAAGGGAUGUGUGCAGACAGAAACACAGCCAGUCUGGUGUGGAGUCAACAUGACUCUCUCCCUGUCACAUCCUGUGGGAUCAACAGCUGAUGUUUAACAGUGACAAAUGUAUUUAACGCUGCUCAGGGGUACAGCAGCAUAGACUUACAUUAAAAAAAAAAAACAGACUCUCCUCAGUGUGUUGAACCUCAUUCAAUUUCUUAAUAUAUUCUGGGUUACGUGAUCAAGAGUUUAAUUUUUUAAAUCACUAUAAGGUCACGAGGUCAAUUUGACGUCAGAGCAAUUAUUACAUGAGAAGGAGCUACUCUGUAGAGUCCAGCCUCUCUCUGAGCAACCUGAUCUGGUUGUAGAUGUCUCUGCUCAUGGCAGGGGGGUUGGACUAGAAGACCUUUAAAGGUCCCUUCCAACCCGAACAUUCUGUGACUCUGUGACUCUGUGAUUCUGUGAUUGUCUCCAAGGCAACUUUUACCUGCCCACACCAGUCUGUGCAGUGACAGCAUUUGCCUUGGCUACAGGAUGUUCAGCAAUAUUAAUGUUCAGAUCCCUUUCCUGAAGGCAGACAAUCCCAUACCUCCUAAACUCCAGGCUGGUCAUGCUGACCCCUAUGAAAGGAGAGUUAGCAUUAAACCUGGGGCGCUGGUAAUGAUAUUUGCCUGGAAGAUGGAAAUCCAGGUUUGCCCUUCCCUGGAUGGAGAAUGGGUUUGGCCUAUAAAUCCUAAUGAAUUCUCUGCAAACUAUACCGUUGAGUGGGUGGUGGGUGAAGCAAUGAUAUCUUGUGACAUUGGUAGGGCUUCUAGGAAAAGGAAGGCAUAGCUUCCAAUCAUAUGUUGGGGGACAUCGUCACUUUCAGACCAGGCUGAGGCACCUCCUUUGAAGGAAAAGUCUUUUGCCAGACUCUCCUUUACAACAGUCACAUCUGAUGGCAUCCACCCAUAUUGUGUUGGCUUAUGCAAGUCCCCCUUUAAGCUAACAAACUCCCCACAAGCAUCCCAUGGGGCUGCUAAAUCAGAGCUGGGAAAUAUUUCAGUUGGCUAGGCACACAAAAGGUGUUACUGGCAUUGCUUUAUAGAUUUAAUCUUUUGUUUCAUCAGCAAAUAGAAGUUCAGAAGGGAUAGGGUAUGAAUACCAGGAAGGGGUAAAACAAACAUUGAGAUUAAUUAUAUCCCCAGAGUUUACAUCUAUGCUAGUAAAUAAAGUGCUCCAAGGCCUAUUCUCUAGCCAUGAGGUCAACUGUCUCAUCACAGCUCAUAUCCGUGUUGCUUAACUCUGCCCCUGCAAGACAUCUGGGCUGCUUAUUGGAAAUAUACCCUGGCCUGGGCUAACUCCAAAAACAUGUUUAGCACUUGUUUGGAAGAAUUGUAGAUGACAUGAGUAAUACCUGUGUCUGAAACUCUACUAAAAAUGUAAGAAUAUGAGUAACUGCAGGCUGAUGGACAGACCUGGUACAAACGGAGCCUGAGUGACCGAUUGAGGGUGGGAAACUCUCCCUCUGUCAUUCAGCCCUAUAAACUCCCCCUCUCCUGGCGAUCUGCCUUUUUUGAAUGACGCUGAGUUCCAGGUCAUGCUGAUAAGCCUUCACCAGCUAAUUCACAAAAAUGAGGGAACUGGAGACCCUUUGUCCUUCUGUGGAAUAAGAUUAGGCAGUUCAGGAAAACCCCUUCAAAAUUACUGCAAGUCACAAACUUUGAGACUCCCAUGUAUUUCCCAUGGAUGUGUUUUGAUGGUUUCUUCUGACCAGCCCUGUGCAUUUGCUGCCAGCAGUAACUGUGCAUGCUUAUUUUCAAAAGGCUGCUCCUCAUUAAGGAUUUAUGCUGGUCCUCAGAUGAUACAGCAAUGCUUUGAUGAUGCAGAUACCUGAAACACUUCACAGCUGAGCACAUAGAAACUAUGAUGAAGUGCAAAAUAUGCAAAUUUAAUUCUAUUACAUAUAUAUAAUGUAUAUAUAAAUGAACUUAAAUACAGUUUAAAAUGUGAUACAACUGACUGUGGAGGCAUAGCCACAGUCCAUCAUCCAUGUCCCCUCCCCCCCUUAAAAAUAUUGAAACCGAGAGUUUUGUUAUGAACCAGAAAGUCUGACACUGGUUCAGGGACCUGAAAGUUUUUUGGCGAUUAUGCAAGCUGCUUGCUGGGUGCUGCCCUGACUCUGCAAACUGGAAUUAGCUGGCAGGAAAAGGCUGUUGGAGAGUCUCCCUUGGCAGCUGAAUCUUCCCGUUGAGAAAGGCUCAGCAUCCAUCACGUAGCUCUCCUUCCAAUGGCUGCACAGAGGCAGCCAGAGAUGGAGGUGAUGAAGCGCACAGCUCCCCACUCCUCGAAUCUGACAGUGACGUUAAAUAAAGCAGACCAUGACUGCAGUAAUACCACUGCCAAACUAGUGCCGAAUCAGAGAGAUGUGACCAGAUCCCCAGUGAUCAAUUCAUUCUCAUUGACAGUGCCAGACCAAAAGGAAACUCAUAUUUUUUGAUGGCUAAAUUUUUUUAGAAAUGGUUUUACUGACAGAUCAGAAAGACAAAUGUUGCUAUAACCUGAUAAAGUAAUAACUACAGAAGUUCUCAAAGGGCCAGAUGGAUGAAUUUAGGAGUUGUUUCUGGCAUGGUAUCCAGAUAUGAAAUCUAUUUACAAUUAGAUCAAGAAACAUUGAAUUGUCUUUACUUUUUCUUUACCCAUGACUGUGCAAUGCAACUUUGCUGCGCUUGAGCCUGUUGUCCCUGACUAUCAACAGUCCUGUGGCCACAAGCAGAAUAAGAAAAUUGAGCGCUGCAGGAGCAGCAUCCCCAUGAGGAAAUUCUUUUGGGUCCUGCCAAUGGAUAGUCCCCAGCAACAUGGACUUUUCCUUCCAGUUUUACAGGCAAGUGACUGCCCAAGAACCUGGCAAGAGCGUUUUCAUCUCCCUGGUCAGCAUCUCUUCUGCCUUUGCCCUGCCGGCCCUGGACUCUAGAGCAACCAGCCAGGCUCAGGUGCUGGAAGGGCUGGCCUUUAACCUCACCGACACUCGGGAGGACCCACCACAUUCUUUUUCUGUCAUUUAUUUUAAUUCUGGGAGUUAUACAUGCCAUCUCUAA